AUGUCUAAAAAACCAAUUAUAAAUAUUAUAGAGAUUGGAUUAGAAAAAUAUACUUCAUCUUCAAUGGUUAAUACCAAAAAAAGGUUGGAAAUCUCAAUGAAAAUACUAUAUUUCAUGAAUCAGAAUGUAAAGUCUACACUUUUGAAAAUUGUGAUCUUAUUUUUGAAUGUUAUUGAUACUCCAGGUUACAAAGAAAAUCAAGAUAUGGAUUAUAUUCAAAUGAUUCACAAUUCAAUCACAAAUCUUGGAGGGAUCUCAACAUUCUUGGUUUUCUUAGAGGCAUCUUCUCGAAUGACUAUAACAAAUAAUAGUUUUAUUUCACUUUUUGUAAAAGAAAGUUUUAAUAUUAAAACAUUUUCAAAAUUAAAAACUAUUAUAUUGAACUUUAAUAAUUAG